AUGGGUGCUCAAGGAUCGAAACAAAUCCAAAGAAAGUUUCCACAACAUGUUACUUCGGAAGUUAAAUCUAGUGCGGCUGAAACGCAUGCUAAAAUUCAAAACCAAAAUACAUUAGACGAUGUUACAAUUUCUUCUCAAAAAAUUAUAGCAAGUGCAACCCGUAAUAACGCCAUUGAAGAAGAUGGUAAAGACCCACAGCUAUUAAACAAUUUACAGGAAAUUGGUCAAGUAAUUUUACCGAAAGUCUCAAUACCAUAUAAACAGUCUGAUGAAAUGUUGGAAAUUCUUAAACAUAGACAAAUAGAACUUAAUGAGAACAAAAAUGUAUUGCAGAAAAAUAGAAUUUCUGUAGAUCAAUUAAAAGAAAUGUUGGAGAAAAAAAAUUUAGAUCCUAGUGAAUGGACACCGGAAAAGUUGGCUUCUCAAUAUAAUUUAGAUGUUUCAACUAUUAAAAUUUUAUUGAAGCAUAUAAACACUUUUAUGUAA